AUGUUGUCUUUGGUUAAACGGGCUACCAGUGCCCAUGGAUAUUACUAUGCAAAUUAUUCAAAAUUUCUUUUUUCAAAUGUUAAACAUAUUUCACCUUAUCAAGCUUUCCUUGUAAGAACUGUUUCUAACGAAAAACGAACAAAAUUAGAAGAAACAUUGUCAAUAUUAAAAGAUGAGUUGGCAAAUAAAGAAGAAGAAAAGAAAGAAAAGUCUCUAACUAAAACCACUCCAAAACCACCAAUAAAAACAAGAAUUAUCAAUGAAUUAAAACAUUAUUAUCAUGGAUUCAGAUUACUUGCUCUUGAAACAAAUAUAUCAUUAAAAUAUUUAUGGAGAUUAGCAAAGGGGGAAACAUUAUUAAGAAAAGAAAAACAACAACUUGUUCGCACGGUAGCAGAUCUAUUUAGGCUUGUACCAUUUUCUAUUUUUAUUAUUGUACCAUUUAUGGAAUUAGCUUUACCUAUAUUUAUUAAAUUAUUUCCAAAUAUGCUUCCAAGUACUUUUAAAGAGGAGUCAAAAGAAAGAGAAAAAUAUAAAAAGCAAAUUAAGGUACGUGUUGAAAUGGCCAAAUUUCUUCAAAGUACUUUAGAAGAAAUUGGUUUGGAGAGAAAAGAUACAUCAGAUGGUAAGGACUCUGCAGCUUUAAUGUUUGCCAGUUUUAUCAAAUCUGUUCGUGAAGGUGAUGGUUAUGUUUCCAAUAAAGAUAUCUUUAAAUUUGCCAAAUAUUUUGAAGAUGAAUUAACUUUAGAUAGUUUGGCUGUUCAACAAUUACGAGCACUUUGUCGUUUAUUAGGUAUUCAACCAACUUGGUCACCUGAAAUGUUACGUUUUCAAUUGAAAAUGAAACUUCGAGAGUUACAAUCAGAUGACAAAUUGAUAAUGAGUGAAGGUGGUGUUGAUGCUCUUAGUGAUAUUGAAGUCCAACAAGCGUGCCUUGCUCGUGGUAUGAGAGCUAUUGGUGUAAGUGAAAAAAGAUUGCGUAGACAAUUAAGACAAUGGCUUGCUUUGUCUUUAAAUAAUGAAAUUCCUCCAACGUUAUUGUUACUUUCACGUGCUUUAUAUUUUCCUGAACAUAUGAGUUUUACCAAACGUAUGAAAAUUAUUUUAUCGGAGUUACCAAAAGAAGUUGCUGAUGAAAUGAGUCAAAAACUUACCGAAAUUGAAGGUAAAAAAGUUAGUUAUCAAGAGAGACUUGAAUUAAUAAAGAAAAUAGAAGAAGUUAUAAAAGAUGAACGCACACUUUUAGAAGAUGCUAAAAAGAAAAUAAAAAUUCAAACUGAAAAAGAAAAGGAAGGUGAAAAAAUAAUUGUUCCAGUUAGUAAUGAAAUUAAAGAAAUUUCUUUGUUUGCAGAAGAUCCAUCAAAUGACAAAAAACUUAUUCCAGCAAAAGAAAGUGAUCUUAGUGUUUUUGAUAAUUCAAUAACUGCCAAUAAACUUAUUACCAAAGAAAUUUUAAAUGAUAAAGAUUCACAAACUGCCACUGAAAAUGUUUUUAAUGAUGCUAUUCAUGAUAUCGGUGAACUACGAAUGAAACUUAUGGAACACAAAGAAGAUAUUCAAGAAGUACAAUCCUUAAGUGCUGAUAUUUUUAAAGAGUCUAAAGCUUCAAAACGUUUACGAUCAAAAGUUCAAUCAUUAAUAACAAAUGUUGAUAGUGUUGUUGCUAAAAUUGAAUCAGAGCAAUUAAAAAAAAAGCGUGGUAAAAACACAACAAAAGAAACUUAG